AUAGCAGGCAGAGAGGCAGCGCCGUCGUACUUGUGCAGGCAGAACAACACCUCCGCUUAAUCAAAUUUACGAAGUUGGCGGCAUCCACAACCCGCCAUCCACCUUGGGUAGGGACCAGCACGGAACCGCGAGGAGGAGAUGGGGAUGGGGCAAGGCUAGGUGGGGUAGGCUCUUGGUGUUUGUUGCCGCGUACCUCUCCUUAACUACGACCCACCAGCCAGUUGUAUUAAGUUGCAGUCCAGACACAAACACAGAGAAAGGCCAAAUGCAUCAUCUCCUCACCACCUGAUUCUGCUUCUAAUCUUCAUUCUACAUCUCUCUCUCUCUCUCUCUCUCUCGAUAUAUAUAUAUAUAUAUAUAUAUCAUUGUAAAAGCUUCACGGCGACCAGCCAUAUCUGAUCGAGGUAGUGGUGUUUGUGAAUUGUCCCCUGCAGCAACAUAGACCAAUAUAUGAAUGUAUUUGCCAUCUAUGCCGUCGGUGUUUGCGUGGCCACGCAUGAUGGACUCGCUGGCGUAAUCAUGAUGGGCCAGUUGGGCGAGGGAAAAAGGGGGUUUCGUGCUGUGGAGGGGGGAGGAAGGGAUGAUGGUGCUUUCCCCCUCCCUCCCUCCCUCCCUCUACUCAUCUCGACCUCUGAUUCCCUCUUCGUGCUUACCAUUUUCUUGAUCCACUCAAACUCCUCUUCGGCUUCUAGGGCUAACCUGUAUUGAAGGAGGAUACCUUCUCUGGGGUGGGUCAUGGCUCCGACAACCACUCCCUGGGCAUCUCCCUUUUACAACAAAGGGAACGAUUGGUUUGUUGACACGUAUCUUCCGAGUGAUAUUGUGGUUGAAAUCGGGGGAACUUUAUUCCAUCUUCACAAGUUUCCUCUCUUAUCAAAAUGUGGGAAGAUUGCACAUGCACUAGAGGAAUCUGAAAAUACGGACAAGGAGGUGCAUCUUACAUUAGAUUGUUGUCCUGGCGGACUAGAUGCGUUUAUCAUUGCAGCAAAAUUUUGCUAUGGAUUACGGGUGGAAUUGUCUCCGACGAACAUAUUUGUGGUGUAUUGUGUUGCGGAAUUUCUUGAAAUGACGGAUGAAUUUGGUGAGGAGAAUUUAUUGGCUCAGGCAGAGGCUUUCUUUCAUAAAGUUGUGCUUCGAAGCUGGAAAGAUUGCAUAGUUGCUCUUCAAAGCGCUGAUAAUUCUAUUUCACAUGCUGAAUCUCUCCGGAUUGUGCAUAAAUGUUUGAGUGCUCUCUCGAUGAUGGUUUGCACUGAUCCUAGUUUGUUUGGGUGGCCUAUGAUGAUGUAUGGAAGUUUGCAAAGCCCUGGCGGUAGUAUCCUUUGGAAUGGAAUAAACACUGGAGCUAGAAUUAGAAGCUCGGCUUCUGACUGGUGGCAGGAAGAUAUCUCAUGCCUUAGCAUGCUAAUGUUUAAGCAGCUGAUAGAAACUAUGACUGAGCGAGGCAUAAGGCCUGAAAAUAUUUCUGGUGCUCUAAUGCACUAUUUGAGAAAGUAUUUACCUGGUCUUGAUCGGUGGCAAAUUGGGCUAGGUGGUAGAAGCAAAAAUCUUGCUAAUUUGGCAAUGGCUACAGGCAUAAUAGAUCAAAAAGUUCUGCUGGAAUGCCUUGAAAAAUUACUUCCUGAAAGGAAGGGGAAAUCAUAUUCUCGCUUCUUAUUAGGACUUCUACGAAUUGCUAUAAUACUGAAUGUCUGCCAAUCAUGCAAAGAUUCUCUUGAAAGAAGAAUUGGCAUGCAACUGGAAUUGGCAACACUUGAUGGUCUUUUGAUUCCCAACUUCUCAUAUUCUGAUCAUUUAUAUGACACAGACUGUGUUGAGCGCAUUAUUGGCCAUUUCUUAUCUUGCCAGUCGGUGACUGUGGUAUCCUUUUCACCUUCUUCAAUAUCUGAUCCACCCAGGUCACCUUCCUCUACUCCUAUAAGGAAGGUGACAAAGUUAAUAGAUAGUUAUCUUUCCGAGAUUGCACCUGAUGUUAACUUGAAGCCUGAUAAGAUGCUGUCUCUUGUGGAGGCCCUUCCUGAAUCUUUUAGGUCUCUUCAUGAUGGACUUUAUCAAGCUUUGGAUAUAUAUUUCAAGGCACACCCAUGGCUGUCCCAGAGUGAUAGAGAGCAACUCUGCGACAGCAUUGACUAUGGAAGGCUUUCAAUUGAUGCAUGUGCGCAUGCAUCGCAGAACGAACGCCUGCCACUUAGAGUUGUUCUCCAAGUUCUAUAUUUUGAGCAGUUACAUCUGCGAAAAGCCCUUUCUCAAUGCCUUCAUGUCUUGGACAGUGACAGCAAUGCUGCUGCUGAUGCAAAUGACUUAACUGGACAGAUCCUUCAGAGAGAUGGUUGGGUUACUCUUGUGCGGGAAAACUGUGGUCUGAGGGUAGACUUGGAAGGCAUGCGUUCAAGGGUCAGAGUGCUAGAACAAGAAUUUGCAAGCAUGAAGCGAGAUUUAAGCAAGGCAGAUAGGCCUCACAGUUUGUCAAUUACUGCUCAAGCCAUCUCCAGAAAACUUGGAUGCAUGCCUGUCGCUAAUUCGAGCAGUCUUCAGUGUGAUGCCAUAGAAAGCUUUGGUUCUAGCCCUGAGAGGUCUAUUAAGAAACCACAUCAUUCAAAUCAUUGAUGCUCAAUUGAGUCUUCUCUUCAUAUUUCCACAUGGUAAGAAAUGACCAUUUUUUCGGAGGCAUAACACUGCUUAGAAACAGAAACAAGGCCAGCUGAUCAAGUUGGUGUCACCAUAUCAACUGCAUUGGUUUUGGGAGCAUUUGCCAUCUCCAUGUGGGGAGUAUAAAACCAUUAUUGAGUUUUUGCAGUUCCAUACAUAUGUUGGAUUUCUUUGAUUUGCAAAUAUCAUAGAAAUUUUUCCUAGUAUUUUGUUUUUUUAACAGUUCACUGAUUGUUCAAGCCUAUCACACAGCCAAAUUCUGGAGCCAAUCCUUGGUUCGGCCAGAUUUGGUAGAAUGAGGCUUAAUGAUUGAAAUCACGAGUCUGAGACCAGAUGGUGUGGCACAUCUUUUGUGCUCAGAUCAUGAAACGAAUUUGCCUCUGAUUUGAAGUGAAGUGGUUGACCAUGUAUAAAAUGGGGUGAAUACCUGGGGCCGGGGAACCAAGGAUUCCAUUGAUGGUAAGCAUUAAGAAGCUAUUAUAUCUUUUACAGAAUGAUACUCUGUUUACGUGUGUGAGAUGUCCUACAACUGAAGCCAAUGAAUCACAUGUUGAGGGGCGGAGGGCUGCUGCAAGCACUCAUGUUUUGUAUUUGUUGCGUUUGCUUUUCGGAUUGGUCUAUUGGGAAUUAUAAAUUGUGAUAACUUCAUAUAUGUAUAUUCGUUGUGAAAAUCUUAAUAUUUGCUUCCUGUC